AUGAAUAAUGAAAUUGCUAGACUGUUACAGCAGCAGCAAUUUAAUCAGCUAACUCCACAGCAGAGGCAGCAGGCCAUAAUAGCUGGACAGAUGAAUAGGCUCCAGCAGCAGCAAUCUGGCUUGUUGAACCAACAACAGCAGCAACCACAACCUAGCGCUCCCAACAACGACUUUAAUAAUUCCCCUGCAUUCCAACAGCAGAUCCAGCAAGCCUUUCAAUCUAACAACCUCCAGUUCUUAGUAGAAGCUGCGAAGUCUAACAAACUCAAUAACGAGAAUAUACAAAGAUUACAAAAAUUAAUUAGACACCGCCAGCUUCAACAGAUCCAACUCCAACAGCAGCAUCAGCAGCAGCAACAACAGCAGCAACAGUCACAACAAUCUCAGCUUCCACAGUUUCCUAAUUUAGUUCCCUCACAAAUCGCUGCUGCUAAGAAUUUACAACAGAAAAUUGAAACUAUUGAUUUACAGUUGAGAAACCCAAGUUUAUCCCCGCAAGAUCGCGAUAACGCUAGAAAAGCCUAUGAAGAGGCUAAAAAUCUACAAGCUCUGUUCAUUCAGCAACUUAGAAAUAGCCAACAAAAACCUAAUCCAGCUGCUACCACAGCUGCACCAUCUAUGGUACACAGUCAAUCACAACCUCAACUUGGUUCUAAUUACGUAAACGAGAAUACUUUUUCUAACAUGAUGCCUACAAACUCACAAUCUAACUGGCCUAAUCAACAGCAGCAAGCUCAACAAUCUCAACAACCUCAGCAACCCCAACAACCUCAACAACAGCAACAACAACAAUUCCCUAGUCUCUCCAACAAUAUCAACGGCGACAAUCAAUCCAAUAUGUUGGGUUUAGGCUUAGUUGGCGCCUCAAAUACUCCACAACAACAAAUGCCAGCUUCGCAAACUCCAACACAACCAUCACCUCAAAUGAGACCAAAUCUCUCAAUGGCAGCUCAAUUACAACCGGAUAAUUUUUUAAAGGCUUUAAUUGAAUUGAUGAAGAAGCGUGGUACACCAAUUGAGAAACUCCCAGAAGUUGACGGCAAAGGUAUUGAUCUACAUAAGUUAUACAUGACUGUCGUACACUCCGGUGGUAGCUUAGAAGUCCAUCGUCAAGGUAAAUGGCCUUUAAUUGGUGCAAUGAUUGGUUUACCGUUGUCAACUCAAUUUGGUGAAUCGUCGCCUCGCGUUUCUAAUAACAAUGCUCAAGCUCUGGCAAAUGUUUACCGUGAAUAUUUAGCACCCUUUGAGCAAGUAUGGACAAAGGCUCUUCAAGAUCAACUGGCUCAAAGAAGAGCCGCAAUGAUGCAAACUCAACAACAACAGCAAUCACAACAGUCACCACAGACCAGACCAGUCACCCAAUUCCCUCAAUCAACACCAGCUCCACAAUUCCCUCAACAAGCAACCUCGUCAGCUCCAAAUAAAACGUCAACACCAACUCAACAGCAACAACAGCAGCAACUAAUGGCAUCAUUGUCAACGAUGUCAGAUGAACAAUUGAGAGGUUUAAACAUCACUCCUGAUCAAAUCUUGCAACUGCGUAGAAAAAUUCAACAGCCUCAGAUGUCAACACCUGUUAUCCAACCUCAACAAAUGGCACCUACGUCUAGUAUCCCAAGCGCUGCUCCAAUGGACGCAAAUAUUUUAUCAAGUGCCAGUGCAAGCGCAAAUGCAGGUGCAAGCGCGUCGAUGCAAGCCAAUGCAUCGGCUUCUGAAGCAAUGCAACAAACUCUUUCUAACAACAUGCCAACGAUAAUGAUGCCACCAAAAGAGAGAUUAGCACAAGCAUCCCAAUUAGUUCAAUCGAUUAAGCAAUCAAUCAUGCAACAGAGACCACCCGUCAACUCUCAACCAAAUUUGAGUCCACAAGAGCAGCAUCAAAUAGCACAAGUCUGCGCUGAAAUCAAACCAAUGCUCAUUUCAUUAGAGAACAUUUUACCAAUAUUUCUGUGCUUGAAUGAUCCAAUUGAACCUGGUAAAAUUGAAGCCGUCAAGAAAAUAUCGUUGAUGACCGUCAUGUAUUACCAGCAGACAAUUAUGCUACCUCAACGUCAAUUUUGUUUCAAUCUAGAAGAUAUGUCAAGAUUACGGAUUCAGUUGGCUCGCUGCUUCAUGUAUGUAAAGAGUCAAGUAAAAGAUGUACAAGGAAUUGGAAACAUUGCACAAGGUGCAUCUGUUACCAGACCUGCAUCACAACCACCUCCGAUACCCACACAAUCAAGUUCUCAGGUUGCACCUGAUCCUACUGCUAUGUUACAGAAUGCUUUAAUGCAGCAGCAACAGCAGCAAGCUUCUCAAGCGCAGUCUAUGACUGGUAUACAACGUCCGAACGAUAAUUUGAAAGCUCCACCAUCUAAACGUGCGAGAACGUCUCCACAGAUCCAAACUCAGUCGCAACCAAUCGAUUUAUCACCAUCACCAGCUUCACAGCCCCAACAGGUUGCAUCACAAUUUGCACAAGUUGGUGCUACACCUCCGAAGUCACCUUACUCUCAGAGAGCAGCUGCAUUAACUGCUGCAAGGGGAGCAACUGGGCGUAGUAGAGGUAAACCACAACCAAGACCAAGGAACGCAUCAAGAGGAAGUGAAUCGAACAACACACCAAUUAAUAUAGACAUGGAUUCGCCUGUAACACAAAAUCAACCUGUAAUGCAACCAACACCAUCACAACAACCACCUCAACAACAAAUACCACAGAAGCCUACAGCCCUUGAAGAUCCUGUUGCUUAUCUAGAGAAUGCCUUGGCGGACUUUAAGAACAACUUUCCAGCGAGUGGUUCUACACCAUCCACUAGUGCUACUCCAAGUGUGAGCAACCCCGAAAUGUUUAAUAGUCUUGGAGAAGAUAGUGAAUUUAAACCAUCACUCACUUUGGAAGAUGUUCACUCAAAGCCUGAGCCAGAGUUCAUACUAUCACCAGAUGACAACAACGAAGGGGGUGAGCUCCCACCAAAUGAGGAAUUAGACUUCAGUUUACUCAUCGACGAGUCUUCGUUCAAUGAUGUCGAUAAUGGUGAUAGCGGGGAUGGUCCAAGGAAAGUCAACGUCGAAACCCCUGAGCUCAUCAAUGGUACGAAUCCUUCACCUGAAUCUAUCAAUGAGGAGUUAAAAUCGCCAAAAGAUGCUACGGCUAAUGGUAAAGACGUGGUUGGAAAAGGAACAAAUAGCGAUACAUCCUCAACAACAACUCAGGAUUGGUUCAGUGGGCGUGUCAAUAACAAUGACCAAUUCGAUAAUAUAUUAGAUAACAAUAUGAGUGCCAACUGGUUGCUACAAGAUGAGCAAUUAAGUUAGCAACAAAACAACCACAAGAUUUAUAUGGAUCUUCUCUUCAUAGUUCAAUCUCACUUCUCUCUUCCUCAGUUUCGCUCAUAUAUGUCUCUUAUCAGUUUUGUCGCUAUUGUAUUACUAAUUGUUUAUAUAUAUACAUUAACUAGA